AUGAAUGUCAAUGUUUAUUGGCCACCUGGAACACAGCCUUCUACAUCAAUGUCCCCGAUGACAUCGCCCGCCUUUCCCCAAAUGUUGUAUAAUGGAUUCGAAAUGAGUGUUUACCAUAGUCACUCGUUCGAUCAGAGGUUUAACAACCUCCGCCCAUUCAAUAGUUCAGAUUCAAAUCAAUCCAGGUAAGUCCCCUCCACUCCAAAUCGACUCCUUUUAAACCUGAUCCUUCAAUUUGUACUAUAUGCCAAAUUUAUUUUUUUAGUCUGAAAACCCAUUCGUCUCCCGAAAGUGAUGCAUCAACCCAACGAAAGGCCAAGAAAGGAGGUGCCAGGAGAUAUAAAACACCGUCUCCUCAACUUCUGAGAUGCCGGAGAGAAGCUGCGAAUGCGCGAGAGAGAAGACGAAUGAACCAUCUGAAUGAUGCCUUCGAAGAGGUGGGUUACUGUAGUUUUGAAUUUCGAAAAAGAGUUGGGUCGUGGUACUGCAACUAAUUUUUUUGUAGACUACUGUAAUUUAAAUGGAAACAAAUGAUAACAAGAGAAAAAAUUUGUCAUCAUAUGCCAUCGUUAUCAAGUUUUUGGCCAUGAACUUAAUUUAAUUAGAGUGAUUUGAAUUUAUCGAUGAUAACAGCUUUCUCAAAACAAGACAAGAUGACGUUUGAUUAUGUUUAUUUAUAGCUCCGAAAAGUGUUGCCACCUCUAGAACAAGGUCGUCGUCUGUCCAAGUUCGAGACUCUCCAAAUGGCUCAAGCGUAUAUCGAACAAUUGGCUUAUCUCCUUCAGCAGCCAUGA